AUGUCUAUCUUCCGGAAUAAAGUUGUUGUCGCGACUAGUGCCAUCGGCACCGCGAUCGGUGGAAUCUUUUUGCUAAAAGAUCGUAUGCAAGGCGCUACCUUCCAGAAAGGUGACAUACGAGCCGAUGGAAAGGUGGUCAUCGUCACCGGUGCAAAUACUGGAAUUGGAAAGGAAACCGCCCAUGCGCUAGCUCGGCGAGGCGCACAUGUUUACAUGGCAUGUCGUGAUAUGAAAAAGUGCGAAGAAGCUCGAAUGGAUAUUGUGCUAGACACUAGAAAUCCCCAGGUUUACUGCCGGGAGUGUGAUCUAGCAUCAAUGCAGUCCAUUCGUAAAUUCGUGAAACAAUUCAAAGCCGAACAGCAACGCCUAGACAUACUCGUCAAUAAUGCCGGUGUGAUGCGUUGCCCACGCAUGCUGACCAAAGAAGGUAUCGAAAUGCAACUGGGCGUCAAUCACAUGGGUCACUUUUUGCUGACUAAUCUGCUGCUGGAUACGCUCAAGCUGAGCGCCCCCAGCCGCAUCGUAGUUGUCUCCAGCUUAGCCCACACUCGUGGCCAAAUGGCACUGGAUGAUUUGAACAGUGCAAAAUCCUACGACGAAGCAAAGGCGUACGAACAAAGCAAGCUAGCGAACGUGUUGUUUACGCGCGAACUCGCCCGCCGUCUCGAGGGAACAGGUGUAACCGUAAAUUCGCUGCAUCCUGGUAUUGUUGAUACGGAGCUGAUGCGCCACAUGGGUAUUUUCAAUAGCUGGUUUUCGGGAAUCUUUGUGAAGCCGUUUGUAUGGCCAUUUCUAAAAUCUCCGGUCUAUGGAGCGCAGACUACGCUGUAUGCUGCUCUCGAUCCGGAUCUGGAAAAGGUUAGUGGGCAGUACUUUAGCGAUUGCGCUCCGAAGGAAGUGGCCGAGCAAGCGAAGGACGAUCGCGUGGCGAAGUGGCUGUGGGCCGUUAGCGAGAAGUGGACGGGCACGCUAACGGGAACUGCUGCAGUUUCCUGACAGCGGAUUCUUCGUAUGAAUAACGAUAAGGAUAUUGUUAUUUUUACGACAGACCAGCAACCUAACCCUCAGUCCAAUAGAUCAAAUUAAAUUAUGCCCAAUAGCAGACGCGUGGUAAAUUAUGCUAAAAUCUAUCUAGUCGCAUCGAUUCUGUAGUAGUAUGGUUGCUGGUUUUUCCACAGUAGGAAUGCGUACAGUUACGUCUUAGCCUGAAAUGUUUAAUCGAUUGUAUUUCACUGCCUUUUCCCACUUAAACAUGAGGUAUGUCAAUGCAAAUAAUAAAAAAGCAAUGCAAA